UACCACCAUUGACACAAUUCCUUGCUGUGUUACAUUUUUUAGCUACAGCCUCAUAUCAGCAUGUUGUGGGAGACCUGGUUGGCAUGUCGCAGGGCCAGUUCAGUAAGGUCCUGCGGCGUGUCUGCCAGGCUUUCCUAAAGCGGGUGAAGCAAUUCAUUGAUAUGCCUUUGGAUGUUGGUGCCCUAGAUGUGGUGAAGCGGCAAUUUGAGGAAGGUGGUAGUCGCUUCCCACAUGUUAUUGGGGUUGUGGAUGGCACACAUGUUGCUAUUCAGCCACCAAGACAUAAUGAAGAAAUUUAUAGAAACAGGAAACUGUUUCAUUCUCUGAAUGUAAUGGUUGUUUGUGGGCCAUCCCUCCAGAUCCUUUCCCUGAAUGCCAAGUUUACUGGAAGUUCACAUGAUGCAUAUGUCAUUAGACAAUCAGGGAUAUGGCAGAGAUUAAGAUCAAGUCAACGAGCAGACAUGUGGUUAUUGGGAGACCGUGGAUAUCCUUGCACCCCCUGGCUCAUGACUCCUUACCGUAAUCCCAGGCCAGGACCACAGAUGGCAUUUAACUCCGCGCUUACUGCCACUAGGCAGCUGGUGGAGCGCACAAUUGGUGUCCUUAAAGGGCGGUUUCGUGUGCUCCACCGCACUGGUGGCGACAUCAUGUAUUCGAAGGAGAUGGCAAGUAAAAUAGUGGUCCUGUGCGCAAUACUACAUAAUAUCGCGGUAAGGAGUAGUGUAGAGCUUCCUCAGGCAGAGGAAUUGCCUGAUGAGGAGCCAGGGGUUGUUCGACACUUCGGUGGGGGGAGUGUUACACGGAGGGGGAGCCAAGUCAGGGCAAGGAUUGUUGCCGAAUAUUUCAGCUGAAUGAUCACACAAACUGUGG